AACAGAAAAAGGAAGGAGUGUGAAAACCUCAAGGAGGAGGUGAAGAAAAAGCAAAGAACAUGCCAGACUUUGGAGAAUGAGCUCAAAGAUGUUCUGCAGGAAAAAAUAUGCUUGAACCUUGAGUUGGUUAGCCUUACCCAAAAGGCACUGCAGUAUGAGCAGGUAAAGUUAGAAUAUGAUCAGCUUAGAGAAACCCUCAGCAUUGUGACUCAGAAAAGAGAUUUGGCCGUGAAGGAGAAGAUCCAGCUCCAAGCCAAACUGGAGAACCUAGAGCAGGUCCUAACGCAUAUGCGAGAAGCUGCUGAGCGGCGGCAACAGCUGGAGUUGGAGCAUGAGCAAGCCUUCGCUGUUCUCAAUGCAAAGCAGCAGGAGAUUAAUCUUCUGCAGCAGGCUCAGGUUGAAGCUAAGAAGGAGCAUGAAGGUGCAGUGCAGCUGUUAGAGAACACCUUGGACAGCAUGCAGGCCAAGGUCAGAGAGUUGGAGCAGAAAUGUCGGACACAGAGUGAGCAGUUCAAUCUCCUCUCGAAGGAGCUCGAGAAAUUCCGACUGCAGGCUGGGCACUUUGAUUUACUCAGUGCCAACUCCUUAGCAGUGUGCGACACUCCAGGAUCUCCAGGCAAAUCCCUUUCCCAGCUCCUCAGUGCACUAGCCACCCCAAUUGGGAAAGGCAAUGAAAGUCCUCCUGCGAACAGAUCUCUAAUCUCAGAGUUUAUUCAACCAAUCCAGAUAUCUGGAGACAAACCCGAACUUCUGUCCGUCAAGCCGACAUUCCUCACCAGGUCCCAGCCUAGUAGCCCCAGACGUGGAUUCUUGGCAGAGAUGGACAAUGAACCGGGUUCCACUUCUUAUAAAGUGAGGUACACAGGAAAAGUCCGUCUUUGCAUUGCCCGGUACAGUUAUAAUCCCUACGAUGGACCCAACGAGAACCCUGAGGCUGAACUUCCCCUUAUUGCAGGGAAAUAUAUUUAUGUCUAUGGAAAUAUGGAUGAAGACGGCUUCUAUGAAGGUGAGCUGUUGGAUGGACAGAGGGGGCUUGUCCCUUCAAACUUUGUUGACUUCAUCCAGGAUGAGGAGGUGCCUUCGGUUCAGACCGCGGACAAUGGCAAAGAUCAGGCUUACCUGAACCACACAGGCCUUGGACAUGAUAGGGACAGUGGCAUAGUCAAAGACUCCAAAUUUGAUGGCAGCAUGUCGGGAGAGGCCACCACCACCACCACCACCACCACCAGCUGCAAUAAUGGGCCAGGGACCCUGGACAUCAGCAUCGAUGAGAUUGGAGAAAAUAUUGUGCCUUACCCAAGAAAAAUCAACCUAAUCAAACAGCUAGCCAAGAGCGUGAUCGUGGGCUGGGAGCCACCCAUAGUGCCACCGGCAUGGGGCACCAUCAGUGGUUACAACGUUUUAGUUGACAAAGAGGUGCGGAUGAGCAUACCUUUCACCGGCAGAACAAAGUUUUUAAUAGAAAAGCUCAAUUUAUCCGCCUGUACAUAUAGGAUAUCAAUACAAAGCAUUACAGGAAGGGGCAUUUCAGAAGAGCUGCGCUGCACUUUGCUGGUAGGGAAGGAUGUUGUCGUCGCCCCCUAUCAGCUCAGGGUGGAUAACAUCACGCAGAUUUCCGCAGAGCUGUCUUGGUGGCCAAGCAACAGUAACUAUAGUCACACGAUUUUCCUCAAUGAUGUGGAGUAUGACAUGGUGAAGGCUGCCAGCUACAGGUACCAGUUCUUUAACCUGAAGCCCAACAUGGCUUACAAGGUGAAGGUGGUGGCACAGCCCCACCAGAUACCAUGGCAGCUUCCACUGGAGCAAAGAGAGAAGAGGGAGAUCACUGUGGAGUUCUGCACGCAGCCAGCAGGCCCCCCUGCUCCUCCCCUGGACGUGAUGGUCCAGAGCGGACCGGCUCCAGGACUCAUCCAGGUCAGCUGGAAGCCACCUCCCCUCACCCAGAUGGGAAUGUCCAACGGGGCCAUCGUCAUUGGCUAUGCUGUAUGCACAAGGGGACAGAAGGUUGCAGAGGUGAUGUUUCCCACAGCUGAUAGUGUGGUGGUGGAGUUGAUGCAACUCCAGUGUUUAGGAGCCAAUGAAGUUAUCGUCAGGACAAUAUCAGCACAAGGAGAGUCUCAGGACUCCCCCCUCGCCGUCAUUCCACACAGCCUUCUAUUGCCUCCUGUCCCCCAACCCCGCUCUGCUCCCAACCUAAAGCCAUUAGCAAGUGCCAGAGAGCCAGAAACCAAAGAGGAGCCCGGCUUGGUCCACAGUGCGCGGCUGAAUGAGCCGUGGGAGCCGACUCGCUCCCCCUCCUCGCCCAUCCACCCUGGUCACUCCCUGGAGCCGCCGCACCUCCACAGCCCCUCGCAGGGCCGCAGGUCCCCCUCUCCCCAGAGAAUCCUCCCACAGCCUCAGGGAGCCCCCAUCCCCAACACUGUGGCCAAGGCCAUUGCCAGAGAGGCAGCGCAGAGGGUCGCCGAGAGAAACCGGAUGGAGAAGAGGAAUAUCUUCAGUGAAAGAAGUACUGCCAUUCACCCACUGAACUCUGACGAGGAGGAAGAUGGGUAUGAGUCUCCACACAGGAAGAGGCAGGGGACUUCCGUGGAUGAGUUUCUGAGAGGCUCGGAACUGGGGAGACAGCCUCUCCAGUACAGCCACAGUGAGGAUUACCAGACUGAGAGCAGCCGGGGCUCUGACCUGUCUGACAUCAUGGAGGAGGAUGAGGAGGAGCUGUACUCAGAGAUGCAGCUGGAGGAAGGCGGGCGGAGGCGCAGCAUCACCUCUCACAGCACUCUCAAGAUUUUAGGUGACCCUUCCUCCACAGGACGAGCAGACCGGAUAGAUCAGUCGGGUCGACGGCUGUCUCACGGCAAUGCGGUCCAGCAGCGGCCCCAGCCCAUGAUGGUCCCUUCCAUCGAAAUCACCAUGGACAGUAACAGUGAAGGGGGCCGGUCCCGGUCAGGGGGUCAGAGGAAUGUUUUGUCUGUCCAGGAGGAUGUUUACUAUCGCACUGUACUUGGACACAGGAAAUGGCCAUUACAACGCGGCAUGACCUCUGAGCAUCGAUAUGAUGGUUAUGGCGGCCGAGAACGGCACUCUCCAGAGUUCUAUGAAGAAUCGGAGCCGGAGGACACAUCACGAAUAUUCGUCGCCCUGUUUGACUAUGACCCCCUCUCGAUGUCCCCCAAUCCUGAUGCUGCGGAUGAAGAGCUGCCCUUCAAGGAAGGACAGAUCAUGAAGGUGUAUGGAGAUAAGGACACAGACGGGUUUUAUAGAGGGGAGAUCUGUGGGAGAGACGGCCUUAUCCCUUGCAACAUGGUCUCUGAAAUCCAAACAGAUGAUGGUGAAAUGAUGGAGAAACUCAUCAAACAAGGAUUCCUCCCCCUCGACACCCCAGUAGAAAAAAUAGUGAACUGUGAUCGUUUCAAAGACAGUGCGCGUUCAGUUAACCGCAGGUCCCGAAAGUCUAAACGAGAACGCAACAGACGGAGUGGCAGACAGCACCCCGUAUUCACCACGAGGAUGGUCGCUCUCUACGACUAUGACCCGAGAGAGAGCUCCCCAAAUGUUGAUGUUGAGGCUGAACUAACAUUCUGUGCAGGCGACAUCAUUACCGUGUUUGGAGAAAUCGAUGAAGAUGGAUUUUUUUAUGGAGAAAUUAAUGGACAUAAAGGUCUUGUUCCUUCAAACUUUCUUGAAGAAGUGCCUGACGAUGUGGAAGUCUAUCUCUCUGACACUCCAUCUCGACAUGCCCAUGACACCCCAGUGCGGACAAAGACCAAAAGGGUGCCCUCCGAAAACGCUGGACCCUCCAGGAGAGCCCCCUCUCCUACUGUACACCUUGGAUCUGGAUCAGGAACAGUGGGGAUGGGAAGCCCUAUUAGGGGUAGAGAAUUCUCCUCCAUAAAGAAAAAGGGGCUGCUCUCAAAAGGAAAGAAACUAUUGAAAAAACUUGGAGCAGGAAAAUAAGUUUUUAUUUCUAAAUAUAUUUAAGUAUUAUGGAAUAAGCGCGAAAUCUCCCAGUCUUGUGAUUUUAAAAUGAAUGAAUAGGUGUCAAAACUAGGUUUUUCAUGACUGCUGUCAACUAGUCGAGUACUGUAGAGUAUAAGUUUAGGCUGAGCCAGAAGGUAAACUUCCUUUUAAUACAGGGAUUAACAGUUGAUGGUACAAGGACCAGAUGUCACAAUUUAUAUGCAAUUUCUACAGCAGCUGUUUCCAGCCGCCGUAUUAGCAGCCAAACUAGAAGGGCAUUUUAAAACUUGUUUUCCCACGUUUUAAACGCAAUUUAGAAUGGUCAAAUAUUAGACAAAACAGUAUUUUUUGGGUUAGUAUUUGUUACCAUCUCAAAAGCCAUCACAUGCUGCCCUUGUCCUGUUUACAGAACCAUUUUGUUCCAUUCACGACCAUGUUUUCUAGUGUUCCUGUAUUUAUUUAAAGCAAACACCAAUUACAGCGCUUCGUGAAACAAUGGUACAACCCAUACUUCCAUGUAAUCACAAUGGUUUGAUAAACAUUUUCAUGUAGAGAAGGCAGCUUCCUUAACUUUGGGUGCUUCAAUAUCAGAACAUGUCAUGACUAAUUCACAUAGUGGUUAAUAGGUAAUGGUUGCAAAUCUAAUUAUGCCUUGAAAUGCAAUUUAUUGGAUUUUGCUAGAGCUCAAAUUCAUUGUUGGACUUUCAAUGCAUCUUUGCAACAGGACCACCCUUCUCUAGAUCCUCUGCAUUCACAGAAAUCCAGCAUGGGUUUUCAGGUACCUGAACUUAGAAGAAAAACACAGUUCCCUUCAAAUUAGCAUGUCCUUACUACCAGUAAGUAAAACUAAACAAUUCAGUCAUGACUAGUUUACCAGUAUUAGAACGGGUCAUGAAAUCUCUAGUUGAAAUCAGCCUUGAUGUCUGCCUUAUAAAAUGCACAACAAUGGUUUGUACUUUGUCCAGUGAAUGGAGCAAGUAUAAUGUGUAUGUACUGUGUGCAUUCUGUUCUUUCAUUCCUUCACUAGAAAAAAAAAAUGUAAAUGAAGUGAUCAAGUGAUGUGCUGCUGACUACAUUUCAAUGUAUAACCUCUGGGGGGUGGUAUAAAAUAAUUAUCCACAAUAUUCUGUCAAAGACUAAAUUCCCAUUGCAGACCUACACUUAGUUCUAAAUGAUCUCAAGCUUUUGCCACAAAAACUGCAGUUGAAAUAUUAAACAAACCUAAGUAAAAUGUUUUUCAACUUAAAACGAUCUAGUCAAUUUGUUGCAAGGAAACAAAAGCAUUGUAACCUGGCUUGCAUAUAAGGUUUACAAUAUUCUCACAUCUUUUUUUUUUUUUUUAUUAUUAUUUAUGUUUUUAUUCUUGUCACUUGAUCAAUCAGGAAUCAAAUUGUUUGUAGUAUUAAACAUUUGUUAUACAUGCAUUUUCUGCCUAAUGGCUCCUACAUUCUUACAAAUGUUAAACUUAAGCAUUUUUGGUCCAAUACAGAAAACCUCAAAAAAUAUUUGGGUGGGGAAACAUUUACUUUUAGAUUAGGUGUUCUUAACGUUACUUGCAGCAGUUAUUUAUCGCAAGCCCUUGCCCAACACCUCCUCCCGUUUUAGCUUUUUAUUUUAGUAACACACAUAUCAAUUUGCUUAAAAGACAAGCACAUACCCCCCCCCCCCCAUUUUCCACAAACUUGCAAGAUGUUGAACUUUAAAAUAGAUACAUUAGUGUUAAAUAGUCUGUUUUUUUAAAGAACUUACUGUAAUACUUAACAGAUACACAUUUAGCCAAAACAAAUGAAACAGGCUUUUUUUUCAUCCCUACUCCCUUAGAUGUACAUUUUUGCAACCCAUAAUUCACAGUACUCUAGCAUUGCUUAUAUACACAUUGUUUGAGUGACCGUUGCUCUUUUGUACUUUGUCCACUUGUAAAUUGUUUUUAAUGUUUGUACUUGAUUUUCAGACUGCCUUUUUUGUAAAUUCAAAUUUAUAAUCAGUGCAAGCUUUCCCCAUGGUGUCAAGAAACAUGUAACUUGUUUAAAAAGUCUGCAGUUGUGUGUUAGCUUUAUGAAUCUACAGAACUCAUUGGCCUAUAUUUGUGGUAAUCAACUGUUGUGAGUGUGUGCAUGUGUAAAUGUGUAAUAUACAUUUUUAUAUUAAUAAAUUUGAUAUUUUUUA